AAGAGAGCCGACAUAAGAGCAGAAAUUAUUGAACGUAUUCAUAGUUUGUUGGGCACGUAUGUACAUGGUGACAACCAGGCACUCUAUGACCUGAUGGACAACCUGCUACAGUCAAAGAAAUGGAGAAGCACCUUUGGAGAUUCUAGAAAGAAGGAAGAUCACAAGAUCACAAGUGCAUUCCUCUCUUCAAUCAUCCAGGAGUAUCAAGAGUGCAAAAGAAAAGAAACAAACAGUGUUAUCAGGAAGCAAUCUAAAAAGCUUCAACAGGCUAUAAAAAUUUCUGGAACAAAGUCCAACAGCCACAUCGCCUUGCAAGGAAACACUCCUCAGUCUUUUAAAACACGAGUUGAUGCAGCCAAUAGCUUAGGCAGGCUCACCACGUAUUCAGCUGAAAGAAGGCGGCUCUUGUCAAUUGUUGCAGCAGACUAUCCACAAACAUUUCUCACAGAGAUUUUCAAGUGCUCCAAGAGUACAGUCACUGCUGCACGCAUUCACCGUAUUUUAUUUGGCAGAGGAGGAGUGCCACCUCAGUGCUUGAAGUUUACCCGUCAGUGUGUGUCACAGGACACUUUAGAUCAAUUGGCUGAGUUCCUUUUGCGUGAUGACAUAUCACGACCUUCAUCAUGUAGGAGUGUUGUAAUUGAUGGGAAGGAAUGCCCAGUACGCUACUGGCAAAGUUCAAUAAAAGAGGUCAUUCAGCAUUACUUGUUAGAGUUCCCAGGCAAUGUGAAAAGGAGUUACAUCUAUGGUCACAUCCCAAAGAACUUCCGCAGUAAUACAAUGCUGGCUGGUCUGUGUAAUUUGUGCGAGGACUAUGGAUAUUCCAAUUUUGCAAAUUUAAAGGCAUUUGUCCAGAAAUUGGGUGCUGAUUGUCCACAACAGGAAUUGGGUGGCACUGUGAAGAAGAUAACAGAUCUUCAAAGAUACCUAAAGACAAAAUUUUCACAUGAGGUACUUGCUUGUUUACCUACCUUGUUUAGUACUUUGGAUGUAUGCUGUGAACAUGAAUAUUACCCAGUAUUUUUAUACUGAGACCAAAAUUAUAAAAAAUGUUUUACAUUUCAAUCUCUUCUCACUUUUGGUAGAUUGUUUUACAUUUUGGAUACAGUAAGAAUAACAUUCUACAAGUUUACUGUCAGAAAGAUACCUGCUGAAUUUAUGCUGUAUUUGCAAAUGCUCCUUCUAUUGCAUUUUUAGAGUGUUUGCCAAGUCCAUUUUCUGAACAUACAAUGUAGUCAAUAGAAAGCUAAAGCAAGAUCAAAAUUAACUCUGUGCAGAUCAAUGUAAAUACUAUGACAGCUCUAUUGGUAUACACCUAGGAAAAUGUUCUAAAACAUAACCUCUGAUCAUAUCUGACCAGUACUUACAAGUACCAAGCUCAGGGUUGUUUUUCAUGUACUUCCAAGACAGGAAAGAAUGAUUUAAUGACAAAUAUCGCAUUAAUUGGUUGGUUGGUUAUAAAUUAUUUUUGACAGUUUUUUCUUUGUGCUUUUAUAUCAAGGCACAGACUCACAGCAGCUGCUUGGAACUGUGUAUGAGCCAUGCAUUUAGCACCUGCACACAAAGUCAUGAUCAGUGGUCUGCUGAAUUUGGCUUGUUUUAUGACAUUCAUUCCCUGGUGUCUGGUACUAUUGCCACAGCCCCCGCAGAGAAAAAAGCAGCCUUCUCAGAGCAGUUGAAAGAAAUGACAAGUACCUUCUGGGACUAUGUUGGACACUUGUUGAGGACAAAGCACCAAGGUGAUUACUACAGGUAAAAGACAUACUUUGAUCUCUUGAAGUGGGGAUUUGCUUCUAAGUUAUUAAUUGCCAACAUAUUUAUUUAUUUUGACCAUUUCAUCAUGAGGUACACAAUAUUUAUGUCUUGGGCAUUUUCUAACAUGUUGGAUCAGAAGUGUACUUGGCUGUGACUCUUCAAUAAUCAUUAUUUUUCCCUAGUCCUGUGAAUGCUUGCAAACUUCUCUAUGCUGGUUCCCUUUUUGCAAGAAAUCAUCAAACUUCUUGGACUGUUCUCUUUGCACUUUGGCAUUCUCACACUACUUUGCCAUCUUCAAAGUGAAUAUUGUUGGGAUAAGUUGAAAUUCUAUUAUUUUUUUCAGGUUCGUAUUGAAGAAUCUACAACCUGGUGAAGCUGUAGUCAUCAUAGAUUAUAAGAUGAAACUUGAAUUGGGCAUGCGUUCCAGGGAGAUCCAACGGGACUGGUACGGGAAGCGUGGCAUUUCCCUUCAUGGCUUCUAUGUGAUAGCGCAAGUUGCUGUUGGUGAAAGGAGGAUUGAUGUGCUGGAUCUUUGGUGUGAAGACACCAAGCAAGAUGCCUGGUUUACCCAGUCUGCCCUUGAUGUUGGCUUUGCUUGGAUGGAAAAAGUGUUUCCGAACUUUCAAGUCUAUUUAUUUUCAGGUGCGUACAUGUACAUUUAAGGAAACAUAUUUUGUUUCUUAGUUAUCUUGUUUGAAAUUGUUUUCUUUUAACCCAAUAAACAUAUUGUCCUGCUUUCUUUCUGUGAAACUUUCUAAUAUGUUACAAUUUCAAUAUUUUGAGUUGUUUCCAGUCUUCAGUAUUUUAGAGCAAAUAAUAAUUGAUGUACCAGAACUAUGAUUAGGUAGAACUGACCUUUGGUGUGCUCCAUGCAAGUCAUGUGAUAAAUGUAUAGUCAUAAAACAGCAUUGCCAUCAUGAAUGAAAAUAUGAUUAGCACUAUUCUGCUAUUCCAGCAAGUUUUGAGUACCUUCCAAAAGCGUUUUCAUCAAUUCAGCUUUUUUGAAGGCUUAUUUCUAAAUGUGCCAUCGCCCAUUUUUUUAAGAUAAUGGACCACACUACCACAACUCUGCUGUCCUCACGUAUCUGGCUGAGGUUAACACUGCAUUUGCAUUAAAGCUUGUUGAAUACAACAACUUUGAAGCCGGCGAGGGGAAAACAGUUCUCGACACCCAUUUUGCACAUGUGUCCCACAAGUUAGUUCGUUGGGUUCGUGUUGGAAAUGACUUGGAAUCAGGGGAACAGUUAUCAGACCUGUUGGAGGUAAGGGAUGAUAUGGACUCUGUCGUAUUUGAACAUGUUGCAUCUUUUGUGUAGCAAUAUUCAUUAUGAUCCUGGUCAUUACUCUCCUGCCGUUCCCCCCCCCCCCCCCUUUGUUUUGUUUUUUGUGUUUGUGUGUUUUGUUCUACACCCCCCCGCCCCCCCCCCCCCCCCCCAUUUUGUUGUUGUUGUUGUGCUGUGGUUAUUUUUUGUUUUGCACUAGUCAUGGCACUUAUCUGAUCAAUCUCCUUUCCUUUAAAACAGAUGUUCAUAAAUUUCCUUGCAUUGUAUUUCAGACUAUGAAGAAUGUCAGGUGUAAAAAGCUACUGAUUGACAGGUCAAAGGCCCCUGGAAAAGUGGGUACCCUCAAAGACAUAUCAUUGUUUGGCAAUUUCAAGUUUCCCUCUGACGGACCUUACAAGGGAGGGAUAAUAGCACAAUCUCUCGCUGGCGUUGGGAAAGUGCUCAGCAAAACAAAAGCCCAGGUCCAGACAAUUGCUCUGAGAAGUGUACCAAUAGCAGGGGCUACAGGUGCUUCAACAACAGAUGAUGUCUUACGAUCUUCAGAUGAAAGAGUGGAUGGACAGGGUGAUGGAGGUGAUGCAUACUCUGUAAAGUUUAUACAGUUCAAUUCAGAUGACUCUGGAAAUGUUAACCUGACACCAAUGAACAGCAGUGUAAUAGUCAAUGCUGAUGACAGGCCAUCACCUGCAUUUGCCCUAAAAAAGCGUGGAGCUAAAAAAGUCACCUUCACAAAAGAGCAGAAAGACAUUAUGGCUGCUUUUUAUGAGAACCAGAGGACAUUUCAAAUCAGAGCAAAUCCUGCUGAUGUCAUUGAAGCCAUGAAGGCAGCUGGAGUUCCUCCCUUAAAGGAAUCACAAAUAAAAAGCUGGUGGAGUACAUACCAUCGCAAACAAAAGCAAAUAGCAGAGGACUUGAUGGAGGAAGCAAGACACCUACAGUCACAGCAAGGUACUAUUUAUCACAUAUGAAAAUGAAUUUUUGUUUUAUAAGAACAGUUUUAUUUGUUUAUUUGUUUUUAUGUAAUAACAGGGAUAGUAUGUGUGCUCUGAUUGGUCAAAAGGCUAUCAUUAAAUUUGUUAUACCAGUAAACUCCUUGAAACAGAUAUUUAUUAAAUUAAAGCAGCAAACCUUAUUUAUAUCAGUUUACUAGUACAAUAACCCACACAGAAUGUUAGAACACGAGAAAAGUUUGUACCUGUGUAUUGCUUAACUAAUGUUCUUAUUUGUUUAUAAUGGUACUUGUUUGUUUGCUUAAAAGGUGGAGAGACAGAUGGAACUAGCAACUGUCCAGACCUAGUUGGACAAGAUAAUUUACGAGAAGAAAGGGAAAGGGAAGCAUCAGAUUGUCCACCAGGUUCCAAUGUGAUCCAAACAGCAACAAACAUGCCUGCCUUAGCUACUUGUGCAACGAAUCCCCCACCACCCGCUUCAAGUCCACCACCACCUGGAAUACUAACAGCAGGCAUGAUUAAAGGAAAUCCCUCUUCAUAUGUAGCAGGUGUUGUGGAGUGGACUUUUGCUGAAUCACAAUCAAGUAUUCAAGUUUGGCAAUUUCAAGUUUCCCUCUGACGGACCUUACAAGGGAGGGAUAAUAGCACAAUCUCUCGCUGGUGUUGGGAAAGUGCUCAGCAAAACAAAAGCCCAGGUCCAGACAAUUGCCCUGAGAAGUGUGCCAAUAGCAGGGGCUACAGGUGCUUCAACAACAGAUGAUGUCUUACGAUCUUCAGAUGAAAGAGUGGAUGGACAGGCUGAUGGAGGUGAUGCAUACUCUGUAAAGUUUAUACAGCUCAAUUCAGAUGACUCUGGAAAUGUUAACCUGACACCAAUGAACAGCAGUGUAAUAGUCAAUGCUGAUGACAGGCCAUCACCUGCAUUUGCCCUAAAAAAGGGUGGAGCUAAAAAAGUCACCUUCACAAAAGAGCAGAAAGACAUUAUGGCUGCUUUUUAUGAGAACCAGAGGACAUUGCAAAUCAGAGCAAAUCCUGCUGAUGUCAUUGAAGCCAUGAAGGCGGCUGGAGUUCCUCCCUUAAAGGAAUCACAAAUAAAAAGCUGGUGGAGUACAUACCAUCGCAAACAAAAGCAAAUAGCAGAGGACUUGAUGGAGGAAGCAAGGCAUCUACGGUCACAGCAAGGUACUAUUUAUCACAUAUAAAAAUGAAUUUUUGUUUUAUAAGAACAGUUUUAUUUGUUUAUUUGUUUUUAUGUAAUAACAGGGAUAGUAUGUGUGCCCUGACUGGUCAAAAGCCUAUCAUUAAAUUUGUUAUACCAGUAAACUCCUUAAAACAGAUAUUUAUUAAAUUAAAGCAGCAAACCUUAUUUAUAUCAGUUUACUAGUACAAUAACCCACGCAGAAUGUUAGGAGAACACGAGAAAAGUUUGUACCUGUGUAUUGCUUAACUAAUGUUCUUAUUUGUUUAUAUUGGUACUUGUUUGUUUGCUUAAAAGGCGGAGAGACAGAUGGAGCUAGCAACUGUCCAGAUCUAGUUGGACAAGAGAAUUUACAAGAAGAAAGGGAAAGGGAAGCAUCAGAUUGUCCACCAGGUUCCAAUGUGAUCCUAACAGCAACAAACAUACCUGCCUUAGCUACUUGUGCAACAAAUCCCCCACCACCCGCUUCAAGUCCACCACCACCUGGAAUACUAACAGCAGGCAUGAUUAAAGGAAAUCCCUCUUCAUAUGUAGCAGGUGUUGUGGAGUGGACUUUUGCUGAAUCACAAUCAAGUAUUCAGGGAAGAACAGGCAGCAAUGCUUGUGCCUUCAUAGCACUGAUCAUGGGGAAGAUGUGGAUGAAUGGAGGUUUGCUUUGGCCAAGAGAUGCCCUUCUUCCUGAG